CCUUAGAAUGUUGCAUUACAUUGUUGAAGGGCAUACAUUCUUUACGUAAGACUCUAGCGAAUCAGUUAUUUGACAUAGGUAGUCUUCGUUGAGUGCCUUUGCCAUUUUGUAGUCAGUGUAGGUGAUAAACACGUUAGACUAUUUCUAAUGCACAUUGAAUCGAGUUCAUCUUGUUAACGGCAAUGGCAUGUUUACGGCAGAGCUCAUGUUCAUGAUUUAAUGUUACAGUGUCCAUGGUCGACUCUUUCCGUGCCACGAUGAAGUAAGGGAGCAGCGAUUUCGGAGAAUAGUGACGAAAGCUACAUGUUACAAAACUAAAGAAUCAAUCGCUGCACACUUUGAAAGGAACUGCGGUACAUCAGAAGAAUGCCUGCGGGCGUGUGUGGCUGUUGUGGACCUCUGAGGCCCAGGUACAAACGUCUGGUGGACAACAUCUUCCCUGAGGACCCCAAAGAUGGUCUGUCCAAGUCUGACAUGGAGAAGCUCACCUUUUAUGCAGUGUCCGCCCCGGAGAAGUUGGACAGGAUCGGGGCCUACCUGGCGGAGCGGCUAAGCCGAGAUGUGGUCCGCCACCGCUAUGGGUACGUAGUCAUUGCGAUGGAGGCUCUGGACCAGCUCCUAAUGGCCUGUCACUCCCAGAGCAUCAAGCCCUUCGUAGAGAGCUUCCUCCAAAUGGUGGCAAAGCUGCUGGAGUCCCAGGAACCAGACCUGCAGGUUCUGGGGACCAACUCUUUUGUCAAGUUUGCCAAUAUUGAGGAGGACACCCCAUCCUAUCACCGGCGCUAUGACUUCUUUGUCUCCCAGUUCAGCGCCAUGUGCCACUCAACCCACGAAAACCCUGAGACCAGAACCCGGAUUCGUGUUGCUGGUAUCAAAGGGCUGCAGGGCGUGGUGAGGAAGACUGUAAACGAUGAGCUUCAGGCCAUCAUCUGGGAACCCCAGCACAUGGACAAACUCAUCCCCUCCAUGCUGUUCAACAUGCAGGACGCGGAGGACCUAGACCGAGUGGGUCACCCGGGCACGCCGUCCGGGCCGGAAAUGGACGGGGAGGAGAACCCAGCCGCCCUGGCUGAGAGCUGCUUCCGAGAGCUGCUGGGAAGAGCCGCCUACGGCAACAUGAACAACGCUGUCCGGCCCGUGCUAGUGCAUCUGGACAACCACCGGCUGUGGGACCCCAAUGAGUUUGCGGUUUCCUGUUUCCGAAUCAUCAUGUACUCCAUACAGGCUCAGCACUCCCACCAUGUCAUCCAGCAAGUCCUGGGCCACCUGGACUCGCACAAUAAGAACACCCCGCGCAUGAGGGCCGGCAUCGUGCAGGUCCUCCUGGAGACGGUCGCCAUAGCAGCCAAAGGCUCCGUCGGCCCCACAGUGCUGGAGGUGUUCAACACACUGCUGAAACACCUGCGGAUGAGUGUGGACUUUGAGCUAGGCGACAGCUCCAGACGCAACUCAUCCACCAGUCUGUCCUCGUCCGGACGGGUCAAGGAGAGUGAGGAGCGUAUCGUCCAGAACGCCAUCAUCCAGACCAUCGGGUUCUUUGGUGGGAACCUACCGGAUUACCAGCGUGCCGAGGUGAUGAUGUUCAUCAUGGGCAAGGUGCCCGUGUACGGCGCCCCCUGUCACACUCUGGACACGGUGAAGAUUGGGCACCAGGGCACCAAGCGUAUCCAGACCAUGCUGCUGAGCUCCCUCAUCAUGGUGACCUCUGGCUUCAAGUCCAAGACGAUGGCGGCAGCGCUGCCCGCGCCCUUCCUGGACCCCUUAUUCUCCAUCUCUCUCAUGGAGGACAGUGAGCUUCGCCAGUUGGUCCUUGAAAUCCUGCACAACAUCAUCGAUCGUCAUGACAAUCGCGCCAAGCUGCGGGGCAUCAGGAUCAUUCCAAAUGUGGCUGCCUUAAAGAUAAAGAGGGAGAAGAUAUCAAAACAAGAUGUUGGAUUCAUGAAAAAGCAUGGGCAACAGUUGUACCGUCACAUAUAUUUGGGCUGUAAGGAGGAGGACAACGGCCAUAAGAACUUUGAGCUGCUCUUCACUACCCUGGCCGUGCUCACCAUCGAGCUGGCGAAUGAAGAGGUGGUGGUGGACCUCAUCAGGCUGGCCCUCGCCCUGCAGGACAUGGCCCUGGUGAACGAGGAGAACAUGCCCAUGGUAAUCCGGUGCAGCAUCAUGGCACUGGUGGCCGCGUACCUGAACUUCCUCAGUCAGAUGAUUGCCAACCCACCCUUCUGUCAGCAUGUGAGCAAGGUGAUUGAGAUGAGAAACCUGGAGGCGCCCCACCUCCUUCCUGAGCACAUCUUCAGGGAGAAAUGUCCGCUUCCAAGUUCUCUGGAGAAAGAAGACAGCAGCCUGUAUUUCCAGACAGUUGACCUAGCAGAAUGUCUGGUUGGCCCAGGAUAUAAUGCUGAGCGUCUAUCAACCCCUUAUGUCCCCCAGGUGACAGAUGAAGAUCGCCUCACCAGAAGGAAGAGUUUUGUUGACACCAUUUCUCUUCAAGUGGAUUUCACUCCCAAUAGCCUUCCAGAUAAGUGUCCGCUGGCUGAAGAGAUCACCUUUGAGACACUGAAGAAGGCCAUUGACACCACAGGGUUGGAGGAGCAGGAAAAGGAGAAGAGGCGCCAGGUCAUGGAAAAGUUCCAGAAGGCUCCAUUUGAGGAGAUUGCUGCCCACUGCGAGUCCAAGGCCAAUUUGUUACACGACAGACUGACACAAAUCUUUGAGCUCACUAUCCGGCCCCCCCCCAGUCCCUCUGGAGUCGUGUCCAUCUCUGCAGGCCAUGCUCAACACCAGUCUAUCCCUGUCUACGAGAUGAAGUUCCCCGACCUGUGUGUUUAUUAGAUUACCAAUAAAAAAUGCUGUGUCCCCUUCCCAACGGGGUCCAUCCUCUAACCCUGCCUAGACCUGUACUUCUACUGGAGCCAAGACAAAUCCCAACUACUAACACAGUGCACCCAAAACCCUAACCCAUGUUCCGAACCAAAUUAUACCACUAAAUUCCUAUCCCCUUAAUCCUCACCCCUAAGUCAGCUCUAAAACCAGACCUGCUCCAACAAAAACUUGCUAUGGCACUGGAAUGACUGUUUAACGAUUUCUUCACAAUGCACGUUGUUCCAAGACCCCUUCUCAGACAGUGUUUAUUACCAGAAAUGGCUGUAACAUACACAGAAACACGAGCUGGCUAUACACACACAUUCUCAUCGAUAGUCUAACCAAAUGGCUUUGGUCCAUUGGCUAAUAUGCUGAGAAAGUGAAGAGAAACCAGACAGUACUGUAGUGACCAUGCCAUUUUCAAGACACCUUACUAACAAAUAAUUGGCUAAGUAUAAAUAAUUUCUAAACUGUUUUGUUAGCUACAGUAGUGCUUGUGUGUUAUUAAUAACCUGUCCAAAAUUGACGGAUGUCUUGAGUCGUCUUUACGAUUUACCGUUGUGACGUGCAUCUUCUUAUUUCUGUACAUAGUAGAGAGAAAUAUUUUUUAGCUGCCAGCCAGAAGAACUUUUACUUUAUUGAUAUUAUGCAGGUUAGUCUUGACGCUGUAGAAAGAUAAUGCCUUUCUUGGGUGACGGGCUUACUUGAAAGCCCUGUAGAAGUGCUGAUUUGAUCCAUCUGGAUCUAAUUAGCAAGAUGUCAGGAUUUAAUUGAAAACCGAUUCAUAUGUUUGUCUGUGUGAAAAGAUUAGGUGAAUUUCAGAGUUUUUCCAAUUCUACUCUUUUCUUUUCUGAAAGCCCCAGCUGGCUAGAUUGAGUAGUGUUCUUUAUUACAGGUCUGUUAGGGGACUAUUGGAACCCCGUUUUGGGACUAGGCCUCUAGUAAUGUGCACACCUGUUUUAUUUGGUCCAGGGUUUUCUUUCACUGAAUCAAAAUUCAGAAACCAUUUCCCAACACCUCCUGUACUCAUGCACUCAGGAUUUGUCCUGAAUAAAUGGUUUUGUGGACCAGCUGAUGCCAAUAAAUAAAAACAGCAGUUUGUUUCUGAAGGCACCAUGUUAUCUAGUUGCCAUGUAGACAGUUUAGGGUGACAUGUCCACCAGGUGUGUUUUUUUCCCCCACAUUACUUUUAACAUUUGGUACAGAAAAAGAAAAUGUGAAGGCACUUAUGUUUCUUUUCUUCUAAAUGAUUGAAAAUCCUGAAAUGCACCAGGAGUUUGGCAAGUUGUGCCUGUUGUCUUUUAAGAGAUUUUAACGGGGACUGUUAUAGCGAACAAACCAUUUCACAUUGGAAGACGUGUUAUUUCUCGUUCCAGUAUUUUUGCUUAGUCUGCACUUUGACAUGACGUCUAUUUGAUAUCAUAGUGCAUUGAAUAAGUACCCAUGUAGGUAUGUAUAUACACACAUGCAUUUGUGUAUUGUAAAAAGGAAAGACACAGGGAACAGACACAGUGUAAGAGUUUACUGCCCUGGAGAGCCUUUAUUAACAGAAACUACAGGGGGGGGGGGGGGGGGUUCGUGUCGUCAGCGACCUCAUCACUCUUAUCCUUAGUUAUCCUGCAUUGUGUUCAUCACAGGGGCAGAGCAGCUCCAAGCUUGGGCUUGAGGUUACACUUCCUUUCUCUCCCCAGAGCUGCUCUUCUGGGACCCUGUUAUAUUCCCUCUGACAAGGCCUGAUUGGGGCAAGUGUGCCUCGUCAGGGGGUGGCAACCAAGGGCUCCGUUCUGCAUCUUUGGCACAGGUGGUUGCCACUGGGGGCGUUACGGGAGAGGGCGCGUUCAUGCCGAAAUAUACACACACGUGUAUGUCUGUGUAUGCAGGUGCUAUAAAUAUAUACACACGUACACACACACACAUUGAUGUGCCUAUUGCAACAGGCCAGACUUAUGUGCAGUAUAGGGAUUUAGCAGCAAAGUCUUAUUCACAUGGGAUUGAUAUCUUGCAACUUACUGUUGAUGUGUCUGUGUGACUUGUCUUGAUUAUGUAUUGAUUGUUUAGAAUAGGUAGGAAAAUAUGAAGGUAACCGAUAAUACGUUUUCCAACUUAUUCAGCUGGUCUAAGUCUUUUAUAGGUCUGUUUAUCAUCUACGACACCAAAACACGUCAUCGCCAAAGAAUCAAUUUUGUGUCGUGUCCCUACCUGUUCCUUCACACUGUCAAACCUCUAAAUAACUGUCAAACAACUCUUCCAGAUCCAGAUCUAUGGCUGUCUGAUUUUCAGGGCUUUACCCAGAUAGCUAUUAUACCCUACUGUCUGUAUAACUUGUCUCGGCACAGCAGUCACCCCUUUGAGCUACACCCUAUCCCAGUUCUUGGUUUGAGUGAGACGUCCUGUGUGUACAACGCUGCUUUAUUCCCGGAUAAAAAGGUCCUCCAUUUACUGUUUUGUAAGAGAACCUCAAGGCUGGUGACUUUAACUGCUAGGCUGAUCUGUAAGCAAAAUGUUGCUAAAUCCAGUCCCAGAGUCGAACAAGAUUUGUCUGUCUUUAAGCAAGGCAGUUAAGCUUAAUUGCUCCUCUAUGUUGAUCUAGAAGUGUCUGCUAAGUGUUUAAAAUGGGGGGUAAAAAUACAAAUUAAUCCCCCUGACAGAUCUGACUAUCCAAAAGGAUCAGUUGAAAGUGGAGCGGCUGCUCAAUAAAAGUGGUUGUUGGGUUGGGGUAGACUCUUCCAGAUAAUGCACUCAAAACAGUGGGAAUGGAGCCAGUUGAAAUUGCAAAGGAGCAUCUGUUAUGUGUGUCAUGUAAAGAUGGUUAACGGUAGGAGCUCAAGAAAAAAUUAUAAAGAAGAUGUUAAUGUUGGCUACCAAAAGGUUCUCAUUAAUGGCUUCCUGUUGUAACAGGAUACAGCCAAAGAUUGCUGUGGAUGUUUGUAAGGCCUUGGUUGGGACGAAAAGAGGUGGAUUUGCAUGUUCAAGGUGGUUUGGUAUGUCUUAAAAAGUCCUUGCCCAGCUAUAAACUCAGCUGAUGUAUGAGACAUGAGUGUACUGAGAGAAUAGCGGAUCAGAUGUUUUUAUUGUGGAUUGGGACUUGGUUAAGCUUUUGAGAGUGUGGUUGGCUAUUGAUUCUAUUGUUUGGUGUAUUUUUCCAGGCCCUAUUUUAAGAUGUUAUUGAUGGAUAAUUGCUUUUGCCAUUUCAAUUGGAUGGUGGCGGUGAACCUCUAGGGAAGUACUGUAGCAUCAGGGAUACGUUUAAUAUACAUUAUCAGUCAGAGGUCUGGACACACCUACUCAUUUAAGUGGUUUUUCUUUUCUUUUUAUUAUUAUUUACGUUGGGGAAUAAUAGUGAAGACAUCAAAGCUACGAAAUAAUGUUAUCAAGUAGCAACCAGAAAAGUGUUAAAACAGAUAAAUGUUUUACAUUCUUCAAAGUGACUACCCUUUAACUUAUGGACAGCUUUGCACACUCUUGGCUAAAUGAUUCCAUAUGUUACUUCAAAGCUUUGAUGUCUUUAAUUGUCUAUUAUUCUACAAUGUGGAAAGUAAAAAAAUUUAAGAAAUACCUUUGAAUGAGUAUGUGUCCAAACUUUUAACUCAUAGUGUAUAUAUUUUUUUAUUAUAAUUUUGUUGCUAAUUUUGUACUCCAUGUCCCAGACCCUGAAAUCACUUGUGGAAUAGAUAUGUGCUUCAUAUUCUGAAUUUGUAACAGACAAUCUGCCUUUUUGGAAACCCACCCAAGAGCAGCCAACAUUCAACAAUGUUCCUCCAUAUUCAUUGAAUGAAAGAAAAUCUUACUUUACUCUGAGACCUUGAUCAUUUUGAUAACAGUUUAUAGUCUAUAUAUAUAUAUAGUCUGAAGUCAAAUUAAAAGGGUGUAAUAUUAUUCAUGAACUAGUGCAAUAUAUUUUCCUCUGUCAUUUCACGAGUCAUGUAAUUUCGCAACACAUAAUGUCUUAUAUUGAACUAUGAUGUUAUUUUUUGACACAUGGGCAUACGGGAAUACUAUGAGUUAAUCGGGAGAUUAAAUAUCACGUGUGUAUGGAUAACCUAUGGGAGAUCACACCAGAGGUUGUAGGCCGUACAGAGUCAUUGGUUUAGCCAGUCUCAUCGCUAGUCUGCUAGUUCUACCGUGUGUUAUCCAUUCCCUGAAAAUGGACUAGUUGGAGCUCAAACAGAUCUGGCACCACGCUUUAAUAGACUAUCUUUAUGCUGAAUUUUCAACAGUCUGUGGUAUAUUUUUAUAGAUUUAUAUCAUGUCAGUGGUAUGUUGCCUGAUAUAAAUUGGAUGGAGAUCUAUAGUUCUUCAGUUUAUCGUGCAAAAUCAACACUGAAGUGGUGCGGUUGUUCCAUCCAACACAUCAUCAAAAGCAUUGAUAAAAGACAAAACGUAAUACGCAGCUGGGUAUACCCAUUUGAGAGUAAUCACUUUUUGACAUUCACCUUAUCCGUAUUAGAUCGACUACACAUUUUUAAUUACAAUUUUUUAAGGAAUUGAAAAAGUAUAACAGCCCUGUUUUUACACUACGUUAUUUACAUUUAAACUUUUGCAGUGAUUAAGAUUUAGACGUCUAAUGUGGUUCACAAUGGGUCAACUUUGAGCACUUCUAUCUCUUGAAUUUUUUCAGCACUAAGGACCAAAAUCUUUUUUGUUCUGAAAUGGGCAAAUAUGUAUGGAAAAUUUCACUCACAUCCAAAAGGCUGCUGUGAAAAAGUGAAUACAUACAAAAGGAUUUUCCCAGCUCUAUUAGUGUUUUUUGAGAUUAAGUUUGAAUGAAAACCAGCAAAUGUGAAGUGAGGAGACUGCAAGGGAAGUCCAUUUUCGUUUCUUAUCACCAUAACAAGUCAUAGAAUAGUGAUUACAGUCUCAACAGUAUAAGAAUUACCUUUAAUCAUUUCAGUGAAUGGUCAGCUACAUUAAAGCAUUAUGCUUCACAUGAAUACUGAUGUAAUGUUUGUACUUGUAUAACUACCUGGUACUAUGGGAGACAUGGUUUAACAUUGUCUGAUUUAUGGUAUGGGUUAUCGCAGCGAUGCAUGUUUGGUAAUUUUUUUCAGGUUCAGUUUCUUGGCUACAUGUUUUAUUCUAUGGUGGAGUAUAACAGUUCCAUGCAUCAUAAUACAUUGAUUUAUGAAAAAGGUAAAGGGACCAUUUUUGUGUUUGAAACCUGUUUGUGUUUGUGAUGCAAAACUUAGUACUUUGUGCCUGUUUUAGAAAUGCAGUUAUCUGAUGUUAUGCCAUCACAAAAAAAGCAUAUGAUUUUUAAAUGGUAAUUAAAAACCACUGAACUGCAAAUAAUAAAGCUUGACUUAUUUCAAUUUACGCAUUGUUAAUUAAACCACUAUGAUGAUGACAGAGCUUCUUAUCAGCAGAUCAUUUCUGUGCAUAGAGAUUAUUGUAAGUAAAAAAAAAAAAAGUAAAGUUACAAAUAAAAUGUUUAUUUCAAAGCUAUAAA